UUCAUGAAGAUAUAUUAGCGUAACUAACACGUUCAGAUAUUUGCACUCUGAUCAAACCUUGAACAUAACAGCAAAGACCCCAGGAUUUCAAGAAAUAUUGCCGAAAACGACUGUCUUCCAAAAUGUCCUCCAUCACAAUCGCAACCCUCCCCCGCAUGAACCGAGACGCCUUGUCCGCACUUCUUCUUUCCACCAGCAGCUCACCAAAUGAUGUUGCCGUUGUUGAUGUUCGGGACUCCGACCACGUCGGCGGCCAUAUCCACUCCUCCACUUGGGUCCCGAGCUCGACUCUCGACGUCCGCAUGCCAGAACUUAUCCGCAUUCUCAAAGAUAAGCCCAAGGUCGUAUUCCACUGUGCUCUGAGCCAACAGCGUGGUCCAUCUGCUGCCCUCCGUUAUGUGCGUGAGCGGGAGAGUGCUCUCGGGGCGGAAGAAAGCCAGAAGCAGCAGGUUUACGUCCUGGAGGGUGGAUUCGUUGAGUGGCAGGAGAAAUAUGGCAAGGAUACACGAUUGACAGAGGCGUAUGCUGAGGAUAUUUGGAGGGAAUACUAG